AUGGAUUCCAGCUCACGCAACAACGCGGGCCCCGACCCCAAUUCAGAGACUCUUGGGCCCGGAAGAGAAGGCUCCGUCAAACGAGCACGACAGAUGUUGGAGGCUGGCCGACGUCCGCAGGUCGCGAUUCCCCAACUUCAGGGUACUCCCUCGGGCCCACCUCCAAGAUUCCAGGCGAAGUCGUCUCAUAUGACACACUGGCCUUUACCCACUGAUGAUGGCUUGCCUUUUAAUGUUGCUGAUGCACAAGCCAGGCGGUUUCUUCCUAGAGGUCCUCUACCAGAACGACCACCACGACCGGAUGCUCCAUCCCCGUCCGUCUAUUCUGAGCGAGGCAUGUCGGAUGUAGCGCCCAGUCCACUGCAUCUCAACCGGCCCGUUGCCUCAUUUUCGCAUCCUUCACUACAUGCGCAGCCGCCCGUUCGUCCGCCGUUCACAGGAGCCCUUCCUCUUUCUCGACCAGAUAGUGCGGCGAAUUCGAUGUCUGGACCGCCUGACGACAUGUUCAGACAAUCCACAGCUUCGUCUUUCGUCUCCAUUCCUUCUAUCCCCGACUUCCCUUUUCCAGUGCAGCCGACCCCAGCGGAGCAUAAUUCCGCCCAAAUCUCAUCGCAAGGACGACUUGCCCCCCCGAAUGCCACGAAAUUCCCUACCAAGCGUAAAUCGUCCGCGUCGCCCAUUCCCGAGGAGCUUGCCGACAGUCCAACGAUUGUGAACGGGUCAUAUGCAUUUAGCAGGGCUAUCCCGUCCAGUUGGGGCUCAGCACCAGCAGGGUCCGAUAUCCUCGAUGCGUACCUCGAUAUCGAGUCAGACGGCAGCCGCACCCCGACAUCCCCUGCACCAGCAAAAGAUGGAAUGAUUCUCAGACAGGCCAGUCUUGGGAAAAUGGGAAGGCCCUCGCUUCGGACGAUCCAGAAGCCCAGCAGCCCGCCUUCGGUGCUUCAGCAAGAACAAUCUUCCACGACCGAGGUCGUCAUACCGAAGAUCACAGUGGAAUCAAAGGGCGCAAGACAUUCUCUCUCUUCAAUAUCGACCGACUCCUCCGAACUCGACCCUGAGAAACCACCAAUUGUAGUGGAUCUUCACAACCAGCAUCCAGCAUACAAAGACGCGGACGAUGAUAUGGAUGCUCUGCAGAAGGAGUUAGGAAUCCUCCCCAGAGCUGCGCCAACAAUGAGUGAUAAACGGCCAGGAGGCCGCAAACCGCCACGUCUCGACAUGAGAGCUGUUCGGGCAGCAGAAGCCCGAGGUAGCCUAACAAGCUUGCCUGACCUGAUUCGACGGGCGACUCGGCUCGCUUCGAACCUUGAACAUGGGAGAACGGCAAGUAGGAACGACCUACUCAACGGUGGAAGUCGAUUUGCAGGUCAAGGUCACCAAGGUCGCAAAUCCGGAUCUAUCAAGGAUCUCCUCGCCUCAUUCCCUCCACCAGCAGGAACACCAGAGGUACGCGCUUCCUGGCCAGACUUCUUUCGGAGGGCGCCAAUGCAGCAGUUGCGAUCCCACGAAACGGGUCUCGAAGCCGGGGAGGAGAGCGGCCAGCAGCCCUCGCGCCGUUGUUGCGGUAUGCCCCCGUGGCUCUUCAUGCUCGUUUGCAUCAUACUCAUUGCCAUCAUCCUCGUCGCGGUCCUCAUCCCCGUUUUCCUCGUUCUAGUCCCCCGCCACAAGUCCAGCGGCAGCAACAGCCUCUCAGUGUGCGAACAGACCACCCCGUGCGAGAACGGCGGCGUCAGCGUUUCCAGCGGAGACAUCUGCUCAUGCGUCUGCGCCAACGGCUUCACGGGCUCGCGCUGCACCGUGGCCGGCGACCCAAGUUGCGUCACGACCGCGGUCUACCAGGGCUCGACGUCCAAGAAUGCGACGAUGGGCAGCAAUCUCCCGCGCCUGUUCGAGCAGUCCAGCAGCAACUUCAGCAUCCCGCUGGAGUCGCUCACCAUCAUGGCCCUGUUCAGCCAGAACAACGUGUCCUGCACGACCGAAAACGCGCUCGUUGCCUUCAAGAGCAUCGCGUCGUCCUCGAGCAACACCCGCCGUGACGCCAACUUCAUCCUGGACCUGCAUCUGCAGCCGCAAUUGCAAUCCACAGCGACGGUUACGGCCACAGCACCAACGCUCGACACCCCCACGCACACCCUCGCCGCCCGAGGCUCCAUGGGCACCGUGAACGGCAUCGUCUUCGACGACUCCUUCACCAGCCAACCCUCCACAGCCGCACCAACGGCAACGGCAACCGACACGUCCACCAACUACGCCAUCCAGACCUCACCGUCCCCAACGGUCACGGCCACGGCCACGGCCACGGCCACGGCCACCCCAACCCCCGUGGCCGUCCCCGGCCGCGCCCUCGACUUCGCCCGCGUCGCGGUGCUGUACAUAUUCGAGAAGACCGCUACGCUCAAGGCCGCCAUGCAAUCCGAGGAGAGCAUCGAGGCGUACCUGGCCAAGCCGCACGCGUCGAAGACGGGGACGUACGCCGUCGACCUCAGCGCCGCGGGCGUCCAGGGCAAUUUCACGCUCAACUUUGACGAGUUCACCAUUACGAUGCCGAAUGGCACGGUCGUGGGGGGGAAGUAG